AUGCGGUGCAAUACGACCGUACGCCGCCAUCUCCAGUUUGGGAAUGAGGGGUUUGGUAGGGGUGCACUCGGGUAUAUACCUUUUCGGCUUGUUGAUUCGUUACCAAGGGGGGCGUUGCCAAGCGCGCGCGCAGCUAUUUAUGUUUUUCAUUGCUCACGCAUAGCAACGGGCGGGGUUUUGGUCGCGGUAGGCGUUGCGCUGUGCGUUGAAAUUUUGACGGGAUUUUUUUUUGUUUCGCAGAAACUGGAUUCGGAGGAUGCUUACUACCAGCAUUUGAAGGGUCAUCGAGUCCGACCGGCGACCGACCCGCUCCAGCCGGAUGAAGAAACGCCCCCGGCCAAGAAGAAACGGUCCUGGGUUCAUUCGGGCGAGCACCACAAGUGUCACCUCUGCCAGAAGGUGUUUACGUUCCGCAGCCAGCUGCAGCAGCACACGGCCCUACAUCAUCAGCCGGGCAAACCGUACGAGUGUGGCAAGUGCCACUACAGUUUCGUGCACAAGCUGAACCUCAAGCGGCACGAGCUGACCCAUCUGGAAGAGGAGCGCGUGUCCGCCGAGGAUGAUCCGUCGAUUCAGCUGCUCGAGGACGAAAGCUUCAACGCGGAGGAACUCGCCGAACCGGACGAGAUGAGUCCGGCCGUAGUCGGGCUGAUGCCGGUGAAUCGUGGCGGCGUCGGCAGCGAAGCCGGUGACAAACAGUCCGGCGAGGGCGUUGGUCCACCAAAGAGAAACAAGUGUGUCGUCUGCGCGGCCACCUUCCAGCGCGAGGACCAGCUGAUCGAGCUUCUCAAGACGCACAUCGAGCGGAUGAAGGUCACCAAGCAGGAGACGCAGUCCGCCAAGAAGAUACUCACGGACGACAGCGACAAAAAGUGCAAACUGUGCGCGAAGGUGUUCAAGUUCCCGUGCCAGCUGAAGCAGCACAUUCAGAUGCAUCACUCCAAGGAUAAGCCGUUUGAGUGUAACAUUUGCAGUCCCCUCAACGUGAAAGUCAUUUCCCUCGUGGAGCAAUCGAAAGCAUUUUCCUCAAGAACGCGACGAUGUCGCUGUUCGGUAGUCGGUAUAGUGUUUAAGGAAGCAAACUUCUUUUCUUGA